GCCCAUCUCCCUUAAAGUCAGUAUUGAUUUCAUCCAUUGGUUUGAAUCCUUAUCCACCAUGAAAUCGACUUCAACUCCCCUUUCCUUGGUUGUUCUCAUCGCUUUGGUCUUCAUUGCCAAUGGUGGAAUUCGCCCCGUGGAUGCCCGUCGACCACAUUGGGGACAUGGAUUCUUUGGACGCCGAUGUCAACGAGUUCUGUUUGUGCCCAUUACCUCUCCGACAACUGAUGACACCUGCGCUGCCGAUUAUGCCGAUAGAGACAACAAUGGAGUGGAUCUUCUGGAAAAUGGACGAUUCACUCAAGAGUUCCUUGAGAAUGUGGGCGAGGGUAACAAUAUCACGGUUUGCCAUGGUUACAUUAGAAAACGCGACCCUUCACGAUCCAUGUUCAGAGUCAAGACCUUCCAGGUUAAUACUACUUUUACAGUAGUCGAAAUUUAAUCUGUUUCACCUUCAAAUGACCUCUAUCAAAGGCAUUUUGGGGAAGGGUUGUUUAUGCUAUUCACAUAUUGAACAUGGAAUAAUACAAUCCUGCAUGACAUUUUAA